AUGGAGGUUGAGGGCGCUCAGGAAGGCGAAGAGAUCUCAAGGGACCCCUCCGUCGACCUACUCUUAGGCCAAUACGCCUUGAAGUUCCAAGACACUGUUGAGGACCUUCCUGGCGAUCUUGAGGUAUUGACCACCUCCAUUGCAAAAGCCAUGGAUUGGAUUCUGAGGGCUGCACAUCACGAUCCGCUCACCAUCGAUGGGGGCGAUGCCUUUGUGGCCCAGAUGACAUCCUUUGUGAACACUGUUAUGGCCACUGACUUUAGUUGUAUUUGUGGACCAGGCGAACUCGACAACUUCUCGCUCGCCUCUCUCCUCGAGGCUGAGACAUCUUCCAAGGACGAGCCGACUAUCCACCUGGCUCCCAUCUUCCGACCCCCUCCUGCUGCAGCCCGUGGGCCGCUCAAUGAGGGUGUUGACAUAGGGGCUCUGCCUGAUGUCCUCAUGCAGGCAUUGGACGACCAAGGUCAUCCUGCCUCCCCCUCUCACAUCCCUGCUUCCAAGAAGCGUAAGGGUGUCGAUCGUCCAGUGCUGCCCCCUCCUCAGAAGAAGAGCAAGGUCGCCUACUCCCACCCUGGUCCGCCCCCACUGAUCAACCGCGCUACCAAACCCAAGCCCCGUCCAAUGACGUGGGCAGGGAUUGCUUGUCAGGCCGCUCCAAUGCCUCCCCCACCUCCUGGCUUGGGACCACAACGUCAUGGGCCUUCUCCCCUGCCCUCAUUCCUGACUGGGCCGAUGAAGACUUCUUUUACUUCUGAGGGCCCCACCUGGAAGCAAGUUCUCGUGUUGUUCAGGGGUACCCCUCCUGACCUCACAAAAUUCUUCACCGAAUCGGCAGUCUGUGCAGCCAAUGGGUAUCUCAGGGAUGGCUGCUCCAUGUUGAAGGUCACCUCCAUCGUCCGCGUCUACGAUGGCCUGUUGUUGGUCACCCCCGCUGUUGCCAGCCUGUCUGACCUGGACAUUCUGCGCAACUUCAUCCGCGAGAGCCUCCCAACAGGUACUCCAUUCGAGGUUGCGCUCCCAUCAUCGACAUCUUUUAUUAAGAUCCUCGACAUUCCCUACUUCGACCUGAAGGGGCUGAAGAUAACUCAGGAGGCACUUGAGAAGGCCCUCCACACCUCGGUUCAUGCUGAGGUUUUUGCCUAUCUGAGCACCAAGCCUCGGAUUGACUGCAACUCGGUGCACUCGACUUCGUGCACCAUGUACUGCAACAUCUGGGACUCCCAGCAGGGAACCCGAGCCAAGAAGGCCCUAGGCCAACCGAUCUUCCUCGCUGGGUGA